AGUUCUAUAUUCAGUUUCUUUGCGAACGCGCGCUUAGCGCAAUUUCUUCGUAAACUUCCCGCGAUAACAAAAACAGACGAACGACAUUCGAAUUUUGAAACUAGCGCGAACGAUAAACAUUUUUUUUUCAACUCAAAACAUAAACAAUUGAUUCGAUAUUUAAAAAAGUGUUGUUUUUUUUUUUGUAAUAAAAAGAAUUUGAUUUUCGAAUUCCGUGUGAUUUCAAGUGAAGUGAUUAUACAUUUUAUCGAUUGUUGUUAAUAUCGAUGUUUUAAGUGAAAAUUGUGAUCCGAUAAUUGCAAGGUGCAAAUCGAAAAGGAAUGCGAGCGGAUUGGAGCACACGUCAUCUCGAAUCAACAGCGGCCGUCCAAAUGCCUUAAUUAUUCGAAAUUCAAAAAUGGGGAGCGGCCUAAGCAGCGCCAACAGCCGAAAGUGGUCGAAAAAGGAAGCUCCCAACCCGGAGUCUUCGAGGAUUCUCUUCCUCCUGUAUCUGAUACACAGGACCUGGAAUGUAGUCGUGGAACACAUGGACUCGAAGAGUGGAAGGUGGCGCGGCUCCCACACCGUGCCCAGCUCAGGCGAGGGUCUGCGCCACUUUGACUCCGUGAGCCUGGACUCCGGGGGCUCCUGCUACUCCGCCUGCAGCUGCAGCUACUGCCGCCUGAGGGACUGCGCCCAGGACUGCAUCAGUGAGCUGACUCUUGUAGACGGGAUGGCUAAUUGUGGGGGCUGGAGCGAAGAACCCGUAUCUAAGGAAAAGCAAAGACCACCAAUAUACAAUCCCGAGGACUACGCAACGUCGCUCAAGAAAUGGGGCAAGAAGACCGGCGCGGGCAGCCUCUACGAGCUGGACCCCGGGCAGGAUCCCAACAAAGCGCGGACCUUGCCCACUCAGGGCAGCAAAGAUUUCAGGAACCCAUGUCUGAGUCUAGGGGAGGAGAUGAGCCUACGUCAGUUCGGGUCACCCAGCGAGCUGCUGACCAAGCUCAGAGCUGACCUCAGGCUGUCCUUCCCCAGUUUCGUGCAAGAGUUUGCAUGCGAGCCGCUAGAUGGCGUGACACUUCUUCUGGAACUGCUGCGCAAUAUACAGUUGAGCCAAACAGGUGAGGCCUCACGAGGCCCGCCAGCUGUCAGACGGAGGCCUUUGCUGGAUGAGCUGGCUUGCCUGCAAUGCCUCUGGAGUUGCUGCAGCAGAUACUCGGACUGCGUGCGACGGCUGAUGGCGGGCUCCAACGGCGUGUACGCGCUCACGGUCUGCAUCAUGUCCACCGUCAACAAGAGCAGAGUGUUGGCACUGCAGCUUCUAACCAAGGCCUGCUACCCACCAGCAUCAGGCCACAGCAUGAUAUCCGAAGCAUUAUCAACACUACGCCUUCGCUUCGGUGAGCCGGUGCGCUUCAGGUUCCUGGUGGGGAUGCUACAGAGUGGGGGAGGGUCUGGGGAGCUGCAGACCGCUGGACUGGCUUUCAUCAAUGCUCUACUGUCUAGCGCGCCAAGUCCUCAACGGAAACUUUACAUACAGGCUGAAUUGGAGCAGGCUGGCUUCGAUAUCGUCACUUUAAAGAAGAUCGUAAUGAAACUGCCGAACACCAACGAACAAGUAACAAAAGAGAUAGAGAGUUACGAGAAACAGCUGAUUGAUAUCGACACCCUCAACGAGAAAGCUAUUGAGGCAGUGAAAGAGAAAGAUGAUCUUAGACACAAAUUGGAGUUACUAGAGAAAAGAGUUAAGAUAUUGCAAGAAGAAAAAGGAAUAUUGUUGUCAUUAGAGAAAUGUUUACAAGAAAAAUGUUGCGAAUUGCAAGAAGAAGUGAGCACUCUGAAGUCGGAACAUAGUAACUCAAACCGAAAGAAGACUUUUGUGAUUAAGAAAAAAAACGCCACUCACAAAAAUAGAGAUGAGUCAUCACCACCAGAAGAUGAAGGCAUAAGUUCCUCAGAGCGAUCACUUAGUCCUGAAGGCGAUCCACAAAGAGAAACCAUGGUCUAUGAAGUUUUUAAUAUAAAAAAUGAAACCUAUGACUUAAUGCGGAACAAAAGACCUUUGCACAAAAAACUAGAAAGUACUAAAAAGACUGAUUUAAAGUUAAAAUCAUCAGAUGAAGACGAUGAAACCACUAUUGACGAAGUAAUACAGGAACUAAGAAAUAUAGUAAAUCAUGCAGAAUCCGAACAAUACGUAAGAGACAAGAAUUACGAUGAGAGGUCUAGAUGUAAUGAUGAUUCUGAAAUAUCGCUGCAUGACUAUCACAAGCACAAAUCUAUAGAAAAAGAGGAUUCAGUUACAAGCACUAGGCACAGCAUUCAAAUAAAAAAUAACACAGAUAUAGACGAUGAUAAUAUUGAAGAGGAGGAAGCCGUAAUAGUUCCCAGUAAAAUAUUACCUCAUCCUCCGAGAAAAGCUAAAAGUCUGAUACAUUUAUUUGUACCGCCUGUUGAACAUGGCUUGCUAUAUAGCAAAGCGCCAGAUAUAAUUGACGACAACUUCUAUUCGAGUGAUGAAGGAUCAGACUCAUUGUUAAGCGCAUCACGUUGUCAGAAUAAAGUAACGAAAAAGAACUCUACAACAAGUUUUGAUUUCAAAGAGUGUCGCGCUAAAUUUGAUAGUGUAGAACGUAAUGAAGAUAGAGUAAAACGUUCUAGAACAAGGUCAAGAGAAGAAUGUCGUAGGACGUCAGUAAAACGCAGCGAGUCAUUUCAAAAUUCCGAAAUUGGUUCGCGUCAACGCGAGUACAUUGAUAGCAUGUUUUACGAAUCACAAAAUCAAAGUCCAAUCGAUCCAAAGAUACAAACUCCAAAAUGCAAUCGCGUUGAUGAAAUAGUCAGUCUAAUCGAAUCAAAAAAGUUGACUAAAAGCUUAGACAGAAUUGACGAAGGGCUAAAUUCUAUGGUUGACAUAGUGAUGACGAAUGAACCUAAGAAAUCAUCGUGGCACGAAAGAAUACAAAGAUCAGUAUCAAGAACUAAUAGUGAAACUGGAAACGAAUCUCCACUAGUUCCUUUCGCGCGAUCGAAUAAUCGAGUUCAUACGUACAAUUCGAAAUCGUCGACCUAUAAAAGCAAAGAUGAGAAUAAGGAACAAAAGUUAUUGCCCAUAAAACCUAGUUCAGCAUUCGAUACUUCGACUUUUAAUCAUGCUUUCAUUAUGAAACGUGGGAGUACCGCAGGGCUGUACUCUGGCACCCAUUUAAUUAGAGAUGCACCGGCAAGCAUGACUAGCUUAGUCAUGACAGGAACACACAGUUACAGCGAUUUGAAGAAAACCGUCUCAUCAAAUAGUUCUUCAAGCAACUUUGGAUUAAAUAAAGUUACGGAUAUGCCCUCAGGCCUAUACUGAAAAAUCUAUAAUUUCUGAAGAGAAAGCCAAAAAUUCAUCAACGUUUGUCGUGAAGUCAAGACCAUCAAAUAAUACACCGAUUUUAUUGUGAUUAUAUUGGAAUCGAUUAUUGCGUUUAGGGAGAUGAAUGAUGUAACUUUUUAAUUUAAUAGUUGUUUUAGUGUUACGCAUAAAACCAACGACUAAUAUUUAAGUAUUGUGUACCUAACUAUUUUCUCUAGUGCAAUAUUAUUAUGUCCCGAUUAGGUAAGGAUAGUUCAUUCAUAUCAUUUUUUAUGCCGGCCAAUCAAACAUAAUAUUAAAUACAAAUUCUUCUCUCUUCAUUAUGCUUUUAUUUCAUUUUUUAUUUAUUCAUAAUUAUAGGUAUAUGUAAAAUGAGUAAAGUAAAAAGAAUAAUGGAGUAACAUAAAAUUUUGAAACAAUAGAUACUCGUAUAUCUACCCAAUGAAACUGAUUAAUGUUUAUUUUAUCUAUAUGUACAGAAUUUGUAUUACCUAGGUACCUAUAGUUUCAUAACAGAUAUCUAAUUUAUCAUUAUAUAGCAUUUUAACACACACAAACACUUUAAUUUAGCUUUAAUAUUUUCAUUUAAAUUUAAAUGUUUCUGGGAAUCGUGUUAUUGAAAUGAUUGUAGAGAUUUCAUUUAAAAAUCAAUAUUUCUUUCUUCGCCGGCAUAAAUAAAUGUGCCUUUUGUAAAAUUAUAUAAUCUUUAUUGAUAAGUCUAUGAUCAAAUCUUGGUAAUUUUGUGUCUAAACAAAAUUCACUUUAAGAUUAUAUAAAACUUUGCUCAUUAAAACUUAUUUUACAUCGUUUUUCAUAGAAAAUGCUACGAAGCUAAGAGUUCUGUGAGAAACACUAAGUUUAGCUGUUUCGUUCGUACUUGUAGUGUUAGUUUAUUUAUGUUUAUUGUAUUUGCAUGGCACGCUAUGAUCUGUACAUAGUAUUGUAGUUUUUUGGAGAUAUUGUUCCAUAAAUUAAAACAUUUUGAAUAAUAAAAUCUGAUACCUACUUAAA